AAUUUGCAUAAAAAUAAGAUCAAGGAAAAAAAGGGUUGCUGUGGUAUCAAGUCGGUAGUUUUGGUACAUUUUUUGCACUUGUCAAACACUUUCCCAGCUUUAAUGUUUUGAACACAAAGUGAGACAUACAUUUAAUGCUAUUGAGAAUUUUGUUUGCUAUUAGUGAGAUUUAAAAAUAAAAAUAUAAAAACAACUAAAAUAAAAUAAAUGCGCGUUCGAUGGAUCUGGCAACCGCGGCUUGUGCUCGUGGUUGUUCGCUAACGUGGUUAGUCCACCGCGCCUUUGUUUUCAUUGCAAGCUGUAUUUGCCUUAGCAGUCUGUCUAGUUAUGGAAACGUUACACUUUGUAAACAAAACUUUUUGUUUCAUUUAAUGCAAGUUGUUUUGUUUUUAUGCCAAAGGAGAAUUUUUCCUAGUCUUUUGGACCUUCUGGGCUACAACAAACAGCUAGCAUGGGCGUUGGAUCACAGUGUUUCCUGGCCAGCAUCCUGUUACAAGCGUUUGCAGUUCUCCAGAGCUGCCUCUGUGUUUCGGUUCGUUUCCCGAGCCAGCAGACCGUGUACGUGGUGAGAGGUCAGAAUUUGGUCCUGCAGGCUGAGUUCGAGUUGCCCCAGGGAGAUCACGUCACCAAAGUUACCUGGAAGCGGGAAGAUGAAGGAAAAGGAAAUUCUGGGAAAACCAUAACCACGUUGGCUGAAUAUCCUGCUAGAAGCUCCGGAGGCCGGGUGACUUUAGACCAGGGCGGAUCUGUGAUGACGUUAUGGAAUUACCAGACAACGGACGACGGCGUGUACACCGUCACGGUCCGGGACCAGAAAGGAGGUCAAAGUUCAGCACGAUGCACCGUCCACGAAUACGAGGCUGUGCACCACGUGUCAGUCAUGGUGAACGUGUCACACUUCAGCCUGCACUGUAUGGAGGCCUGGGGGACGGAGCCCGUCUUCCGUUGGCUCCAUGAGAAAGUGGCAGUAACCGAGGCAGUGGGCCGUGUGUCAGCUGAUGGAACCUCGCUGUACCUGAACACAGCACUGUGUGGCCACUUCACCUGCAUGGUGAGCAACAAGCUGGGCCACAGCUCAGCCACCUACACUGCAGUGCCCUGUGAGAGAGAAGGCAGGGGCACAGCUGUAGCUAUCGUAUGUCUUGUGAUCUUGCUGCUCUUGGCAGGAGGUCUGGCCUUUCUGCUCUGGAGGAAACGCUUUGGUUACAGCAACAGAAGAGAGAGACUUCGAGAACCAGAUGAGGACAUGUAGACGGACUGAACCAAACACGGAGGACACGUGAACUUAGAGUCUGAGGCGUCGGAUAAGUGAACAGAUGUGGAGUGAAGAUUUCUGGGGGGUUUUUUGAGAAAAGCAAGCUGACGGUUGUGAAACUGUCUGAAGCUUAAAAAAAAGGGGAACAUUACAUUUUUGUUUUUUUUUGUUGUUUUGUUUUGUUUUACUUGUCACCUGUACAGGUACAUUGUCACCUUACUUGUCACCUGUACAUGUACAUUGUACAUGUGACUUGUCAUCACAUUAACUCCAAGUAUGUUGUGUAACACGUCUAAGACUGAACAGACAAGAAUAUUGCGUAAAGCUUUUUCAUUAAAACAGGACGUACUUGUUGUGUUAAAGUUGCAUAAACAUACAUCGUGUCACUUAAGACGACGGUUCUCAAAUGUUUUACAGCCAGGAAACCUUUUAGAUACCAAAUAAAUCCACAAAAAUCCACAUAAAUACGUGUAUAUACGUGUGCGUGUAUAAAUAUUUAUCAAAAAUAAACUAAAAUAUUUACA